CAUCUUUCCAAGAUAGCUUCACAAAGGAUGAUCUUUAACCUCAAAGCAGCUCUAGCCCUGUGAACAUGGAAAACCAUACCUCCACUGCAUUCAAUGACACAGCCCUCCAGGACAGAGAAUGGAUCACUCUGGAGUAUCAAGUUGUCACUAUAUUCCUGGUGGUUGUGAUCUGUGGACUUGGUAUAAUUGGAAACAUUAUGGUGGUUCUGGUAGUUCUAAGGACUAAACACAUGAGAACCCCAACUAACUGUUAUCUUGUUAGCCUUGCUAUAGCUGACCUCAUGGUCUUGGUGGCAGCAGGUCUUCCUAACAUCACUGACAGUAUCUAUAGCUCGUGGGUGUAUGGAUACAUGGGAUGCCUGUGCAUCACUUACCUUCAGUAUUUGGGAAUCAAUGCUUCAUCAUGUUCCAUAACUGCAUUUACAAUUGAGAGAUACUUGGCAAUUUGCCACCCAAUCAAAGCCCAGUUCCUGUGCACUAUCUCCAGAGCAAAGAAAAUCAUUGUGUUCGUCUGGGUUUUUACAUCCCUCUACUGCAUGAUGUGGUUUUUCUUACUUGAUCUCAACACCACAGUCUACAGAGAUGGCCCCGUUGUCUACUGUGGCUAUAAGGUUGAACGGAGUUACUACUCUCCAAUCUACCUAAUAGACUUUGCUAUAUUCUAUGCUGUGCCAAUGACAUUAGCAACUGUCCUGUAUGGACUUAUUGCGAGAAUUCUGUUUCUAAAUCCUAUACCGUCAGACCCUAAAGACAACUUGAAAACUGGGAGAAGUGAUUCAACUCAUCAGAACAAAACAUACAACUCCAAAAUGUCCACUAGAUGUUCUAAUAAUACCAUAUCCUCCAGAAGACAGGUUACAAAAAUGUUGGCUGUCGUUGUGUUUCUGUUCGCCUUCCUCUGGAUGCCGUACAGGACCUUGGUGGUUGUGAACUCCUUCUUGUCUAAUCCCUACCUUGAAAACUGGUUUGUUCUGUUCUGCAGAAUUUGCGUUUACCUAAACAGUGCCAUCAACCCCAUCAUCUACAACCUUAUGUCACAGAAGUUCAGAGCCGCCUUCAGGAAACUUUGCAAUUGCAACAAAAAGCGUUCAGAGAAGCCAAAAAAUUAUUGCGUGGCUCUUAAUUACAGCGUUAUCAAGGAGUCGAGCAAUGGAGGAAGCCCUGAUCAUUUCAGCACUGAGCUGGAUGACAUCACGGUUACGGAUACUUACCUAUCUGGUACAAAGAUGUCCUUUGAUGACACCUGUCUACCUGCUGAUGCGACAUACAGCAGAUCAUAGUCAGACACUGAUCAAAUACAAGGGAAAUUUGUGAUUUCAUUGGACAGAAAGGUUUUGCUUGCUUGUUAAAGAAUACCCCCAAACUAUUGUGUUUAUUUUGGGUGGAGAGUA